AUGCUCGGCAGUAUGGCCGACACUAGAGCUGGAGUGGCGGAUCUUCCCGCUGAGACGGAGAGCGUGGAUCAGCAGGUGGACCGGCGCAAGCUGAUUGUCACCCACCUGCCUAUGGCCGUGCGAGCGACCUUCCUGCGCAACAUUUUUGGCACACAGCGGAUUCUGGGUGAACACGGCACGCUGGUGGAGUGCCGCGUGGCGAUGCGUACCGACGCGACAGGUCGGGAAUUCAGCCGCGGCUUCGGAUUUCUCACCUACAGCCACGAGGAGGCGGCCGCCCGCGCCAUUGAGCUGCUCAAUGGAUUCUGUCUCAUCGAGACCGCCGCUCCUUGGGAGGUAGACGAUCAUGGGAAUCCCAAGCGCAAAGCCAAAAACUUAAAGGUGGCGUAUUGCCGCCCGCCCGGCGAGGCGCAUCCCCACAGCAACCUGUUCGUCACCGGGAUUCCAUGUGCGUGGCAGCUGGCGGAUCUGCAGCGCCACUUCAGUCAGUGGGGCGGCACUAUCACCACCGCCAAAAUCGCCCCGCGCACCUGUCCCUGCAACGGCGGCGCUCGGCCUUGCGAGCAGACGAACUGGGGUUUCGUCCGCUUCGCUCGCCGGGAGGAGGCUAUGAUGGCUCGCGACGAAUGCUUCAAGUUGAGCGAAGGUCCGUCCAAUCCGUCGCUCCUACUACAGGUCACACUCCUGAACGACGCCGAUCCGCGCUUCCCCCACGCGGAAACCGCCACUGCAGCUGGUAGUGGCCACCAAUAA